CUGGUUUGCAUCCAUAAAGUGCUUAAAAACAAAGGCAAAGCUCCACACGGUUCCUUCUGGAGACGAGGACGCAGACUUGGCCCGUUUGGCACCAGGCUGCCAAUUGGUCCUCCACUAAUCACCCGCAGCCGCGACCGAGCUUUCGCUUUACGCGCAGAUUGAAGGUGGAAGGUGGAAGGAACCGCCGUCUGCUGCAAUGAAAACAAAGUCUGAGCACGUCUACAUGCUCUGGGGUGUUCUGUGGUUCGGCCUCCUCUGCUGUGCGGUGGACACGCGUGGAUCUGCAUUGACAAGGAGGAAAAAGUUAACGUUGAACACUCCGAAAUCCCGACAAAUCAGACUGUCGACGACAGUGCCCUCCCCGACCGGCAGCUCUCCAUUGUCCCAACUCGGUCCGCAGAGGCGCCACGCUCCUGCUCCUCGAUCCGUGCGUCCGGCGAAGAUCCAGUCGGACGUCGCUCGCCUGCCGGACGUCUCCGUGACCUGCUCCGUCUCCGACCUGGUCGUGCGGGUCAAACCGGCUUUCUACGGCCUGGGCGCCGAGGCGCAGGACCUGGAACUGGGCAGCGGCUGCAGGAGCAACGGGGUCCUGAGGCCGUACGGGGACCUCCUCUUCACGUAUCCCCUGACUGCGUGUGGCGCCGUGCGCCAGGCGCCCCAAGGUUACCUGGUCUACAAGUUCGUGCUCCAUUACGACCCGUCGCCAAAACGGCCACAGAGCCGAAUCGAUGUCGCCAUCGAAUGCCGUUAUCAAAGGAACCAUCACGUGUACCAGCUAGCUGUGAAACCCACCUGGCAAACUGCUGUCAUGCAUAAGAGGCUGAGAGGGCGUCCCAGCGACUUCAAGAUCGAGUUGAUGGAUGAUUCCUGGAACAAACCAGCCAAGCUCCAGGUGUACCAGCUUGGGCAGAGAGUCAAUGUCCAGGUCUCUGCUCCGCAUCUCCCCUCUGGAGGAAAACUGUACAUCAGCAGCUGCUAUGCGACACCAUUCAGCGACUCUCAAACAACCAUCAAAUACACCCUCAUCGACAAUUUUGGCUGUAUGAUGGACAGCAAGAGAGACCCAGGGGCCUCUCAAUUCAUCUAUCGGACGGACAGGACCCUGCAAUUCUCCCUGAGGGCCUUCCAGUUUACUACUGACCCUGACACUGAGGUCAGCAUUCACUGUAAACUAUCUGUCACAUCAGAGGCUCUGAGUCCUGCACACAAAUCUUGCACCUACGGAGGGAACAGGUGGAAGGCCCUCACCGGUGACGACUCUAUAUGUGCAUGCUGUGAUUCACAAUGCGUGACCUCUAAACCCCGGAGGGCCCUGAUGGAAGGUUCUGCUAGCAGCGCGUCGUUGCUCGUCUCCGAUCAGCCGUACACAGCAGAAGACGGUUUUCUACCCAUCAGUCACUCCCUGGUCAGCAUUAGCAGAGAAGACAAGGCCACAGUCAGUCGACACAUUGAGGAGCUGCACAGUCAUGAUUAUCUGUGGGAAGGUGCAGAUGUUGUGACGUACGAUGAGGAUUAUGAUGAAGAAGACUACGCCGAAGAGGAGCUUGAAGAAGAUGAACGGGAAGGCAGCAUUAUCCCUGGGGUGACGACAGAGCCUGAAUUGGAGAAAUCAAUUUUCAGGCAUGGUGUAUUAGUGGAGGAGGCGAGAGAGGCUGAAGUAAAGAAAUUAAAUGAGCCUGAAGUGGAUGGCUCAGCGUAUGAAGUAGAGGAGGACAUUUUCGAGGGUGAAGAAGAGGAAGAAAGAUUUGAGGGAAGAGUAGAUGAGAUUGCGGAUUCAGAGGUGAUCCCUACGAAUCAGAAGGAUGGGGAGGUGCUCCGUGACUGGGCGCGGUUGGAGCAACUAAAAAUCGACCUACAGAGUGCGAGAGUUAAGCCACUGGACUCUGACGGUGAAGAAGAAAAGAGGAAGUAUACAGAUGGAGGUGAAGAGCACGAAAGAACAAGAGCCUAUGAUGUGGAGUGGAAGAAAGAUGACGGUGUGGCAGAUGUGGUAGAUGACGGGGAGAUGACGUGGUAUUUCACAUGGAGGUAGUAUUAGAUCAAUGAAUUCUCCACAUAAAGACUGUUCAAACCCUUCAUACAUUUCAUUUCAAUAAAAAUAA